CCCGCCCGCGCCGCGCCGCCGCCUUCCCGCGUCGCGCUGCCGCGGGGCAGGGGGCGGGGCUCCGGCGGCAGCGGCGCAAGAUGGCGGCCACCACGGCGGCGGUUCAUAUAUGAACAAAGAGCUGCCUUUAAGCAUCCCGAUAAGGCUCUUCCUAGGAGGCUGCAGACACCCGAGCCGCGACGCCUGCCCGUCCUUCAGGCUGGGAUGGCAGGAGUAAAAGUUCCUCGUAAUUUUCGUCUGUUGGAAGAACUUGAAGAAGGUCAAAAAGGAGUAGGUGAUGGAACAGUUAGCUGGGGCCUUGAAGACGAUGAAGAUAUGACACUCACAAGAUGGACAGGAAUGAUUAUUGGACCUCCAAGAACAAUUUAUGAAAACAGAAUAUACAGCCUUAAAAUAGAAUGUGGGCCUAAGUAUCCAGAAGCACCUCCAUUUGUAAGAUUUGUAACAAAAAUUAAUAUGAAUGGAGUAAAUAGUUCUAAUGGAGUGGUGGACCCCAGAGCCAUAUCAGUCCUAGCAAAAUGGCAGAAUUCUUAUAGUAUCAAAGUUGUUCUGCAAGAGCUUCGGCGUCUAAUGAUGUCUAAAGAAAAUAUGAAACUUCCUCAGCCACCUGAAGGACAAUGUUACAGCAAUUAAUUAAAAAAAAAAAUCAUGCCCCUUUAUUCAAUUUAAGCUGUCUUCAUUUUCCACAGUAGUAAAUUUUCUAGAUGCAUCUUGUAGACCUCAAAAUACUGGAAAGGAAGUUCCCAUUCAAAGGAGGUUUUUCUUGAGAUACUGUAAAUGAUACUAAUUUUUUCAUUUGAAAUAUAAGUUGUGCUAUAACAAAUAAUCCUGUCGUGUAACCACUGUCCACAUAGCUGAACUUCUGGUAUCAGGAAAAGUCUAUUUAAAUUUAUUACUGUCAAGACCAGUGUGGCACAUCUAACUUAACUGUGAAAGCAUACAUCCCACAAUCACCUUGCUGUGUGUCUGGCCUGGGUUGUUUUUUCUUGUUUUUUCUUUUUUUUUUUUCUUUUUCUGUCUUUUGCAAUAGAGUCGAAGCUCAGGGCUGUUUAUUAGAGUAGACACAAAGGUUUUUGCUUCCAGUACUACACUGGGCUUUACGGACUACUAACGGGGAUGUGUGCUAACCUCAGUCAUCCCUCCCUUUGUGCUAUCUCUAGUAAAGGCUGAAUGUGACUGUG